CAUAAAACUCACUCACUUCAAUUCACUACAUACAUACAUACAUACAAUGGCUGCUUCUUGUUCCAAAUCCCCCCCUCUUCCUUCUCGCCAUUCUCCGCACUUCACUCCCAUUCAAGAAGAGCUUGAAGUGGAUGAGUACAGUGAAGACAGAAGCAGAGCAACACCAACAGCAGCAAGACUCACUCCUCAGAAGCACCCUCCCACCCCCAUUGUCAACAAGAAUAGCACCAAAUCCAACCACAAGAAGAAGAGGUCAGAAUCCGACUCCUCACUCAACGCCGAAGAUGCCUCCGUGUCCUGCAACAAGUGCAGGCCUCACUCCAGAGACAAAAUCUUCGUGCUCCCCAUAUUGGAUCACAACCACAACCACAACCACAAGCACCAACACUCUUCUCUCUUGGCCUCUCCCAAUGGCAUCUUCAAGUCCAUUGUCUCCAAGCUCACACGCAAGAGCCCCAUGUCGUCGUCCUCCGCCUCUUCCAGAGAAGACCAAUGGAAGCUCGCAGUGGCCGAGCUCUCUCACAAGCUGGUCCAAGCCACCAGGAAGAGAGACGAGGCUCUCGUGGAAGCCUCCAGGCUCAUGAAAUCCAUGGCCGAGUUGGAGAAGAAGCUCAACAAACUGGAGCUGUAUUGCCACACCUUGAAAUCGGGCCUGGAAGAAUGCAGCAGCAGCAGCAGCAAGGUGGUGGUUAGUCAGAAUCCACAGCAAGAGACAGUGAUCCAACACUUCUUGGUGUCAGUCUCGGAAGCAAGGUCUUCAGUGAGGCUUCUGAGCCGCUCCCUGACGAUGCAGCUUCGCCACAUGGGGGGAGGAGGCAAGGUGUACGACAAGGUGUCGACGCUGCUGCAACCGUACGACAUAAGAAUCUCGUUCUCAAAGAACCCGAGAAGCCUGGUGGUGUACCUGGAGGCACUGCUGAACAGGGCAUUCUACGAGGACUUCGAAACGGUGGGGUUCAUGAAGAACGCGUGCAACCAGGUGCUGAACCCAGUGGAGAGGUGCGAGUCGAACAUGGAGUCGUUCAAGAUGGUACAGGGGCUGACAUGGGAGGAGGUUCUGAGCAAAGGCACAAGGCACUUCAGCUCGGAAUUCAGCAGGUUCUGCGACAGGAAGAUGAGCGAGAUAGUGGGGAUGCUGGGCUGGAACAGAGCAUGGCCGGAGGGGUUGUUGCAGGCCUUCUUUGGCGCUUCAAAGAGCGUGUGGAUGGUUCACCUUCUUGCCAACUCGGUGCACCCAAGCUUGUCCAUACUCAGAGUGGACAGGGCUGCGAGGUUCGACUCGUUAUACAUGGAAGACAUGGCCGCUGACAAGUCGCACAGCCUCGUCCCCACACUGGUGAGGAUAAUGGUCGCCCCUGGUUUCUACGUGUACGGCAGUGCCGUCAAGUGUAAGGUGCUUUGUAGGUACCUCACAUCCACCCCUACCCCUUAAUUACCCUUAACCUGCUUUCUAAUUUUGUAUAUUAUUAAUUAUUAAUUUAGAUUAGAUGCCUUCUUUGGCUUUAAUUAAUGAAUGAGUUGAGUAGGGUCAAAGGGGAAUUUUUGGCUUUGGACUUGCUGUCAAUUUUGUUUCAUCACAUUCAGAUUCUCAUGAGUCCUAAUCCUUCUCGAUUGCCAUCUGCCACGACCCGUAAU